AUGCGUCCUGCUCUCAGUCUGCAGGGUUUCACUUCUCAUCAGCUCAGAGUUAUUAGAUUGGUUUUAGGAAAGCAUUUUGGAGAUCUUGUAUACAUACAUGCCAAUGAUAAAAGUUCCUCUUCCCAAGACUUUGUUGUGUACACUGAUUCAGAAUCCGACAAGGAAAAUCUCUUGAAAGAGGCAAAGGAUGAACGCAGGAAAGUGGCGGAAAGAAAAAUACAAUCUGCAAUAGGGUUUCGUCAAGUUAUUGAUCUGCUUUCUUCAGAGAAGAAGUUGAUUGUUGGUCACAAUUCUAUCCUAGAUAUUGCACAUGUAUACAGCAAAUUUAUGGGUCCUCUUCCUUCAACAGCUGAGAAAUUCGUGGCCUCCAUCAACGACCACUUUCCUUACAUUGUUGACACCAAAAUACUCUUAAACGUGAACCCAAUGUUAAAUCAGAGGAUGAAGAAGUCAAGUACAUCACUAUCCUCUGCCUUCUCCUCGUUAUGUCCACAAAUCGAGUUUCCUUCGCGAAGCUCUGACUCGUUUCUUCAGCAUCGUGUCAAGAUUGACGUCGAAGUAGACAACGUUAGAUGUUCUAACUGGAAUGCAGGAGGAAAACACGAAGCAGGUUAUGAUGCUUUCAUGACAGGUUGCGUCUUUGCACAGGCAUGUAGUCAUCUAGGGUUCGACUUCGAACAUGAUUCAGAGAACAUUGCACAGAACGAGAAACUUGAAAAGUACAUUAACCGUCUUUAUCUCAGCUGGACAAGUGGCGAUAUCAUCGACCUACGAACAGGCCAUAGUAAUGCAGAGAACUGGAGAGUCUCGAAGUUUAAAUACGAGAAAAUCGUCCUCAUCUGGAAUUUCCCACGAAAACUCAAGGCUAGACAGAUCAAAGAAUGCAUCUGCAAAGCCUUUGGCUCGACUUCCGUGACUUCUGUCUACCACUUGGACGACACUGCAGUUUUCGUCUUGUUCAAGAACUCGGAACUCGUUUCAGAGUUUCUAAAGGUCAAGGAGCAGCUGGAGUCAGACAAUGGUCCUGUCACGAUCAUUCACCCUCUCUCCAAGAUCCUUGAAGGAGGGAAAACCGGAGCUGCAGACUACGAAGCCUACAAAGAGAUUUGCAGCUCACACAUCUCAAAGGUCCUAUUCUCUGACCAAGCUGAAACUGUUGGUGUCAAACCAAGAACAAGACCUGAGACUGAGAGAAGAGAGAGCAUGGUCGCUGUGACUGAAAAUGACAAAGCAUCGGAUUUGAUCGAUGCGUUUUUGGCAAGUAGAGUUUAA